AACUAGCUUCCACCAUUGCAUGUGCAGAGCUCAUGUUGAAGCAAUUGAACUGUAACUAACUGUUUGUUAAAGAGCAGAGCAUAACUCAAACUAAACUCGAACAAACAUGGCAGAGGAGCAAGCACAAACUGAAGUGAAGCAGCAAGAAGAUAGUGAAGAGCAGGUAGUUACUCCAUGGGUGGCUCAUGCAGGAGAAGGACAGACUGGAAUUGACUAUGAAAAACUUAUCAGGCAAUUUGGAAGUCAAAGAAUUGAUGGUGACAUGAUGCAAAGGAUUGAGUCUGUAACUGGCCAAAAGCCUCAUCACUUUCUGAGGAGAGGGAUUUUCUUCUCACACAGAGAUUUGGCUGGAACUCUGGAUGCGUACUCUAGUAACAAGCCAUUCUACCUCUAUACAGGACGAGGACCAUCUUCUGAGUCCAUGCAUUUGGGACAUCUCAUUCCUUUCAUGUUCACCAAGUACCUCCAGGAUGUGUUUGACGUGCCGCUUGUGGUCCAAAUGACGGACGAUGAGAAGUUUCUCUGGAAGGACCUCACUGUGGAGGAGGCUCAUCGUCUGGCAUUUGAGAAUGCCAAGGACAUUAUAGCCUGUGGGUUUGACAUUGAGAAAACUUUCAUUUUCUCAGACAUUGACUACUUGAGCACUGAGCCAAGCUUUUACAAGAACAUCCUUCGAGCACAAAAGUGUGUGACUGUAAACCAGGCAAAGGGAAUCUUUGGUUUCCAGGACUCCGAUUGCAUUGGAAAGAUUAGCUUCCCUGCAGUCCAAGCUGUACCUUCAUUCAGCACCACUUUCCCAAAGAUCUUUGGGGAGAGCAAAGACGUACAGUGUCUAAUUCCUUGUGCAAUUGAUCAGGAUCCAUACUUUAGGAUGACUCGUGAUAUAGCUCCUCGUCUUGGCUUCCACAAGCCAGCAAUCAUUCACUCCUCAUUCUUUCCUGCGCUGCAAGGGCCCCAGUCAAAAAUGAGCGCAUCUGAUCCCACCUCCUCCAUCUUUUUGACUGAUACUAUGGACCAAAUAAAGAACAAGAUCAACAAGUAUGCUUUCUCUGGAGGACGGGACACAAAGGAGGAACAUGAAGAAUUUGGGGGGAACACAGAACUUGACAUCUCCUACCAGUACCUCACAUUUUUCCUCGAAGAUGAUGAGAAGUUGACUCAUAUCAAGAAGGAGUAUGAGAGUGGUCGUAUGUUGACGGGAGAGUUAAAGAAAGAGCUGAUUUCAGUACUCCAAGCUCUGGUAAGUAAGCAUCAGGAGAGGAGGAAGAAAGUCACUGAUGAUAUCGUCAAGACUUUCAUGAGCUAUCGACCACUGACAUUUAGAGCAGCAGAGUGACUUGAACAAUUUAUUCUCAACUUAUAUAUAGAAUAGAUUAGCAUGAUAAGAGUGAUGACAAUUAUUAUUACAUAAUUAUAGUGGCUAUGCAUAUUAUAUAUACAGUUGUUCGAAUGCAUGGAUUUAUAUGAUUAAAAAUGAA